AUGUCUGUUAAAAAUCUUCGUAAUCCUCUACCAAUGUUAACAUCUGAUUGUAUUGCCGACAUUCUAUACCAACUAAAAAAUGAUCGCACAACUCUAUAUUCUUGUCUUCUCACCAAUCGACUAUUUUGUCGACUUGUGGUUCCACUAUUAUGGAGUCGACCAUUCGAGCAUAUAAUUUCCGGAAAGAAAGCUGCGACAAGCAUAAUCCACUCAUAUCUAUCCUGUUUAACACUUGAUGAAAGACAAAUGUUAUCUAAAAAAUUGAAACACUGGUUUCCUCCUUUUCCUACUCCAUUAUUCGAUUAUCCUAAAUAUCUUCGUGCUUUCGAUUCAAGAAAUUUUAGACAAACAGUUCAGAAAUGGUGGGCUGUUCCUUUUGAUAAUGUUCAAAGUCUUAAAAGAGUUAUAGAUGGUAUUGAAUUAUUUAGCAAUGUGUUGUUAAGUCAUACUUACGGCUUAGGAUUAUUGAAAUUAGAACAAGAGUACAAUAAUUAUUUUGACGAAGAAGGAAAUCUUAUCUGUAGCUUCCCUGAUUUUGCUUCUUAUGUAAGAGCUAAUCAAGUAUUAUAUAAUCUUCGAAAAUUUGAAUUAACUUAUUGGAUUGAAAUUGCGAGCAACAAUGUUACCGAAGAAAAAAUUAUAGGUCUACUUAACAAAGUUAUAGAAUCUUCAACGGUUAUUAAACAAAUUGCGAUUAAUAUACCGUGUUUGCUUGAAACUCAACCGAUAGUUCCAUUAUUGUGUAAAUUAAUCAACAGACAACAUAACCUUGAAGAAUUGGAAUUUGAUGGCCGGUGGGAUUCCAGCAUUUCAAAUACUUUGUGUUUAUCAGUUCAUAGUCACCUAAAAUAUUUAAGAAUCAAUAAUCUAUCCACGAUUACAGAACUUCUUCCUAUUCUCAAUACAUUAACUUAUCUUGAAACUUUGGUGUUAUGGAAACCACAAGUUAAUGAUGAUUUCUCAAAGAUUAACGCAGACACUUUACCUCCAAUUUUCAUUAAAAAAUUAUUAAUUUAUGAAAUUGGACCAGAUCGAAAAACCUUGGAUAACUUUGUAGGAUUACUACUUCGAUCAGCAAAUCGUAAUUUAAAAGUAUUUUCAUUACAAGAAUGUAUAACACCAAAACUUUGCAAAGUACUUGUUGAAUAUUGUCGAAAUCUAACUCAUUUAUCAACACUCAUUAAUACUGUCGACCUCUCUUCUCUUUGCACUACACUUCGAUAUUUACCGAGUAUUGAACAUUUAAUCAUAGUUCAGACUUGUAGUAGUUCUUCACGACAACGUUCGUGGAUGACGUCAAAUAGUUGUGGUAUUACUAGACAUUCAUGGGAAACAAAAUCUCUUAAAAAUCUUGCUAGUUCAUUCCCACCUUGUCUCAAAUAUUUAGGAAUGUGCAUAAAUUUUUCGGUGACUCAACUUAAAAUUCUAUUACAAAAUAUUGACAUACCUAUUUGCAUAAUGGAAUUUUACAAUUUCGGUGGUGAGAUGAUGAUGGAUAAAACGUUAGAGUUACAUUUUUUAAGAUUAAUGGCAGAAUAUGCUGGAAGAAAUCCAGGAUUUUGUGUACUUGGAUUACCUGAAAAUCCAGAGGUUUGGCAUGAUGCCGAUUUUUGGAAAAUGGCAAAAGAUUCUAUUCCUGUUAUUAAGAAGUCAGAACUUUUAUAUUAUCCGAUUUAUAAUGAAAUGAUUAAUCCUGGAUAUUAUUAA